AUGCCAAUCUCAACAGAUUGGCCUUUAUCUGGGUAUGGUCCACCGCCAGAACCACCGCCACGUGACUACAGUAGUCCUUGUGUAAAUGAUGAUCGUCUCAGGACCCGUUUUGAAGCGUGUCGAAGUGGAAUGCAAGAAUUGGAAGCAUUGCGCAGCAAACAUGCUCUAAUGAUACAGGUUUGAAGCUGAAGCGGGGCAGUUUUUAAAAUUCAAACUUCCCAAUUCAGAAUUUGAAAUCACGACUUCCUGUAAUUCCUGGAUGUUUGGAUGAUGUUUUGGCACGUGAAAAAAAGAAAAAACACGAUGUGAUUUUGGAUCGAUUCUCUUUGCAAUCUGUGGAUUCUGGAAUUUCAUCUCAAGUUUGUUUUUCAAAGUUUUCAUCUGGGAUUUUUGAACUCCUUCGGAAAAUUCAUAUGGUUUUCCCAAAAAUUUAGAUAUUUCGUGUCGAGACUUUAAAGAUGUGUGAGACCUGAAUUUGCAGGUUUUUUUUCAAGAAUAAAUAGAGCUCAAAAUUUUGUGAAGAAUUCAAAAACCAUCACUACAAUUUCUAGAAAAUCUCAAUUUAUUUCAGAACACGAUGAAUUCAACCAGAUGUUCAUCACCAGAAACGGAUUCAUCUUCUCAAAAAACAAGUUUCGAGUAAGUGACCCCUAAAAACCAGUAAGAUUAUAAAAAAUUGUGUUUUUUCUCAGAAAUUCUACCAUAAACUAUUCUACAUUUCGAAAAUUGUCACUGGAAAAAUCGAAUAAUAUGAGCAAUCCUCAUUUUUCCCAAAUAAUGGGACCACCUCCAAUUAUUACAUCAAGAAGUUGUCAUCGAGGAGCUUGGAAAAAUUCGCCUAAAAAAAUUCGACCAAAAAGUAUGUUCGAACAAAAAAGUGAAGAGGAUCGAAAAGAAUUUUUGUGAGUUUUUUUUCUGAAAUUUUUGGUUUAAAUUUGUUCAUUUUAGGUUCGAAAAACCACCCAUAGAUUUGCGAAAAACAAACAGAAAUUCGGCAUUUUCACUGGUUCAACGCGAUUUUUCAAAUAUGAGCUUAGAGGAUUUGAGAACUUCUGGCGAGCAUCAAAAUUUGAGAAAAAAUGAGGUGAUUUUCUGGGUAAACUGAAGUUUUAAAACUUCUCAUGUUGAUUUUCAAAUUCUCAACAAAAUUUCCGAUAUUUAGACACCCAUAUUCGUAUAGUUUCCUCAAUGUUUUGAAAAAAAUACCGUAGUGGGUCUUACAGCGAAAAAUUAAAAAAUCAAGAAAACCAUAUGAAUAUGGGUGUCUAAAAAAUCGAAUUUUUAUAUGAAAAACCAAAAAAUCUCAAUGAAAACCCACGAUUUGUUCUUACAGAAAACGUUCCGUGCCAAUGUUGUCUAUCUCUCUUCCAAUCCAAUCACAAACAAUUCCACCAAUUUCUUUUCACCAUCUCGUUCUCCGCCAGUUCGUCGACAUGUUCCUGAGAUUGCUCAUGCUAAACCGUGCAAAAUCCGGUCGCCAGUCUUGAAAAAACAUAAUAUGAGCAAUGCGACUAAUAAUCAAAAUGUAUAUUGCGCCAAACCCAUUUCAGUUAGGCCAAGUUUAUCAGCUUCUACAACUUGGCUACAAUCACAACCACUUUGA